AUGCUCCCCAACACCGCCGAGGCGCUCGCAAGCAAGGUCCCCGUCCUGGUCCUCACCGGCUUCCUCGGCAGCGGCAAGACGACCCUCCUCAACCACAUCCUGACGGCGCCGCACGGAAAGCGGCUCGCCGUCAUCGAGAACGAGUUUGGCGAGGUCGGCGUUGAUGACGCGCUGCUCGCGGAGAACACGAGGGUGCAGCACGAGGAGCAGAUCAUCGAGAUGAUGAACGGCUGCAUCUGCUGCACGGUCCGUUCGGACCUGAUCGCCGUGCUCCAGAAGCUCGCCGCACGAGUCCGGGCGGGCGAGCUGCGCUUGGACGGCAUCCUCAUCGAGACGACGGGGCUCGCCGACCCGGCGCCUGUGGCGCAGACCUUCUUCGUCGACUACUCGGUCAAGGCCUUUGCGCGCCUCGACGGGAUCGUCACCCUCGUCGACGCCAGGCACAUCGAGCAGCACCUCGACGAGGAGAAGCCCGAGGGCGCCGAGAACGAGGCGGUCGAGCAGGUCGCCUUCGCGGACCGGCUGCUGCUCAACAAGGUGGACCUGGUGAGCGAGGCCGACCUCGGCCGCGUCGAGGCGCGGCUCCGCGCCAUCAACCGCUUCGCGCCGAUCCAGCGCUGCGAGCAGGCGGCCGUCGACGUCGGCUCCCUCCUCGACAUCCGCGGCUUCGACCUCGAGCGAACCCUCGAGAUGGACCCCGAGUUUCUGUCGACCGACGGCGAGCACGCGCACGACGCGUCGGUGAGCAGCGUUGGCAUCAAUGAGGAGGGAGAGGUCGACUUUGAGCUCGUCCAGGACUGGGUGCACACGCUGCUGCAGACGCAGGGCGCGCGGCUCUACCGCAUGAAGGGCGUGCUCUCCGUCGCGGGCCGGCGAGAGCAGCUCGUCUUCCAGGCGGUGCACAUGGUCUUCAAGUGGACGAGCGAGCUCCGGCGCGAGGAGGAGACGGGGCGGCGCAGCAGGCUCGUCGUCAUCGGCAAGGACCUCGACCACGCCCAGCUGCGGGCGGACUUUGCGGCCUGCGUC